ACUAUUUGUACUAUAGGAAUUUUUCUUAUUGAGUUUUCUGCCAUUAAAGAUCCAGCAAUAUGAGUCAUUCAGCUUAAAAUUCUCAAAUAAAGAGUACUUCAACCUCGUAUAUCAUCGGGAGCAAGAUCGGGAGUUCUUACGGGUUAAAAUCCUGAAGAUAUUCUGUUUGGCAACAACAGAGUAUUUUAGCACAACCAGACAUAGUUUCUGACAGCCGGUAGUCAAACUUUUUUUUGGUGUAAAUUUAUCAGUCCUUCAUAAUUUCUACAUGGGGGAUCAAAAUGCCUCAGAGAAAGAAUAUAGAGAAAAGUUAUUACGGAUGGUUAAAAAAGAGGUAAAACAAAUUAUGGAAGAAGCAGUAACUAGAAAAUUUGUUCAUGAAGAAAGCAGCAGUAUCACUUCCUUAUGUGCUGCUGUAGAUGCUUGUCUUUCUCAUGGCUUGAAACGUAGAGCAUUAGGUCUAUUCAAGACAAAUUCAACUACGGCUUUGCUUCAGAAACUUUCAAAAAAUUAUGAACCAGCAGCAGAAAUAGCACGUAUGGUUGCAGAAAUUGAAAACAUAGAUCCUAACAAGCGAUCAGCUUCUAGUAGUGACAGCACAAAUAAGAUUCGUUUAAAACCAGAGAAAAGGCAAGCUUCAAGUCCUUCUCUAAAUCCUGCACAACUGAAUCCUCGCUUUCUUUGGAUAAGAUUAGCUUUAUUUGAAAAAAAAUUAGCAAAAAUUGUCGAUCAUCUCGUUCAAAACAGCAACAAAUAUUAUGAAAAGGAAGCUCUAGUUGCAGAUCCCGUGUGUGGUCAAAUUUUAGCUUCCCUCUUAGUUGGUCCAUGUGCUUUGGAUUAUUCAAAAAUGAAAACGCAAGAUCAUUUUUGGACAGAUCCUCCUGCCGAUGAGCUUGUUCAGCGUCACAGGCUUUCUACUGUUCCUGUUUUGAAUGGAUCUGCAACUCCUCCAUCAGCACGUCGACCUGGACUUCAGUAUAAAAGAGAUACUAGAAUAUCUGCCAGUACUGAAGAAGGUUGCCGAGUUAUUCCACGAGAUUAUGUUGAAUCUCUGCAUCAGAAUUCUAAAUCAACCUUGCUUUAUGGAAAAAAUAACGUCUUAGUGCAGCCAAAAGAACAUUUAGAAGCUAUGCCAGGAUAUUUGUCUCUUCAUCAAAAUCCCGAAGGCUUAAUUAUUAAAUGGACCCCUAACCAGUUGAUGAAUGGGUGUUAUGGUAUAAGUGAUGCAUCAUCAGAUUCACUUACCAGCCAAGAUAAAAGUAUAUAUUGGGAGUAUGCAAUGAGUGUCAAUGUUGAUGAUAUUGUAUACCUACACUGUCACCAGAAUGCUGAUACAGGUGGCACAAUAGUCUUAGUAGGACAAGAUGGGGUUCAACAACCUCCAAUACAUUUUCCAAAAGGAGGGCAUUUGUUAGCUUUUUUGUCGUGCUUGGAAAAUGGCCUUCUUCCUCAUGGACAAAUGGAUCCUCCAUUUUGGUCCCAGCGUGGAAGGGGAAAAGUAUUUCCAAAACUGCGCAGGAAAGGGCGAGGUUCACUCAAAAAACAUUGCAAAGAAUCUGAGAGUAACUUGGAAGAGGAUAUUGGAGCUUCAGAUUAUGUAUUCAGAAUAAUUGUCUCUCUGAAGCCAGAUUCUAUAUCUCAAGAAAUGUUGGAUCCAAAAAUUACACAUGAUUCUAUUUCAUGGCAAACUAAAGAUACUACCUGUGCUAGUGCCAAAAAUUUAAUUCAUCAUUCUUCUUCUUCUACAACAUCUACUUCAAGUUCUCGAUCACUAACAGAAGAAAAUAGUAUUGACAUAGGAAAACAAAUUUGUUCUGAAUUUAAAGAUCAUGGGCCUCCUGCUGGACAAUCAAUUCAAAUAUUGUGUGACACAAUGAGAAAACAGAUCAUAUCUAGAGCAUUUUAUGGAUGGUUGGCUCACUGUCGUCACUUACGGACAGUGCGUACUCAUCUGGCUGGCUUGGUGAAUCCAGUUAUCGUCAGCGAAACAGAACCAACUGAUGCAUCUCAAGGACUUACUGAAAAAAUUUGGCAUCAAAUGCAUAACGAUUCAAGAGUAACAGAUUCGGCUGAAGUUUAUAGGCUCACUUAUUUUGGUGGAGUUGAUCCCGCCAUUCGAAAAGAGGUGUGGCCAUAUUUGUUAGGCCAUUAUGAGUUUGGAAGCUCUCAAGAUGAGCGAGAAAAACACAAUACAGAUAUACAAACCAGCUACGAAACAACUAUGUCAGAAUGGUUGGCAGUUGAAGCUAUAGUUAGACAAAGGGACAAAGAAAUAAUGGCUGCAAAUUUAGCCAAAUUAUCAUCCGAGAGUACCAACAGUGAAAUACCAUUAGUUGGUCCCAAAGAUGCAAAUUUAAGCAAUGAAGUUUUUGAAGAUCUCAGUAGUGGAGAAUAUUAUGAUCAUCCUGAUGAAGAAGAUAUUCCUGAAGUUCCAGAAGAAGAAGAUACUGCAACUGAUAAGAAAGAUGAGGUAAAAGUAGCAGAUGAUUCUUCCAUAAUUGAGAAUACUGAGAGUAAUGUUGACCAAAAGGGAGAUGAAGAAGAUUCUGAAAAUAUAAGUCAAAAGAAUGGAGAAAAGCAAAGGGCAAGGUUACGUCAUAUGCAAGCCAUUGAAAGCCAAAGCAUCAUCAUCACAAAUCCUUCUGUUGAUGUUGGAAAUCCUGUUUCUCCUUCACAAGUGCAUACUGCUUUGGAAAAUCCAGAUGGAAAUGUAAACAGCAAUCCUUGUGAGACUCUCCUAGAAGAAAAAAUGGAGGAAAGUGCAGUUCCUAAAGAAACUGGGGGAAGCUCGCAAUUGCAAGAAGUUGAAGGAAGCUCACAACAGCAAGAAACAGAAGGAAAUUCACAAUUACAGACAGAUCCACAUUCAUGCUGCAUAUCACCAGCAUCAUCAAGUGGUGGAGUUUACUCAAAUGAGCUACUGGACUUAUUUUCUUUAAAUCUGCAUCGAAUUGACAAAGAUGUUCAGCGUUGUGAUCGAAACUACUGGUACUUUACUGGAAAUAAUUUGGAGAAACUCAGAAAUGUUAUGUGCACGUAUGUUUGGGAACAUUUAGAAAUUGGCUAUGUUCAAGGAAUGUGUGACCUGGUUGCCCCACUGCUUGUUAUUUAUGAUGAUGAGGUUUUGUCUUACAGUUGUUUUUGCGAAUUGAUGAAAAGAAUGGUAGCUAAUUUUCCUCAUGGUGGAGCUAUGGAUGCCCAUUUUGCAAAUAUGAGAUCUCUUAUUCAG